AAUAAACGACUUAACUCCCAUCGAGUCGCCAGCAUGUCAACCGCGCUGAACUUACUACUUAACUCGCAGUUUUUACCCAAGCACAAUAAUUAUCACGCGCCCGUAUUCAAGACAUUGUCUGACCAUUCAGCGCUGGACCACAUAUCGAUCACAUGAUUAUCGAUGUGAGGCACUAAGGCUGCUUGGGGUAUGGCGUCAUCUUGGUGAUCAGAGGCGGUCAAAAGGACGACUUCGGAAUUCAGCCCCCGAGACUUAUGUCAUCUGUCAAGUGAUUGAUUGUUCAACAACUAUUCCGUGGGGAACGAGAGGUUAAAGUCAACUGAUUAAAUACCCAUCACACCUCCCAACAUGGCGUCACAGGUCUCUGCAUCGCAGGGGGUAUCAGCACCCAAGAUCGAUCUGUCGAAGAAACUCUCAGAACUACGAUCGAAUCGCAAAUCCCAACCAGCUGCACUUUCCAGGCCUUCCAGAGAACCUGCUCCAGUCACCCCGCUGCUCCCUAACCCCCCCGACCUAUCAUCCCACCAAUAUGCGCGACCAGUUCGUCGAAUUUUAUCGAACCAUGACCACCAGCUAUUCCUCUCCUCGCCGUCUUAUUCCCUGAUUCUCGCCUUCAUUUUUGGCCUCUCCGAUUCAGUCCGCGGACGCACAACGACUCACAUCGAAGAACGCCCAAGCUCACCCAAUAUUUCUAAAAUUUUGUCCGUUGUCAACUGCAUCCGAACGCUUCUGGAUCAACAUCCAUCCAUCGAUCAGGGCGGCUCAAGAUUCGGCAACCCUGCUUUCCGCGACUUGUUCGAUGAUGUCGCCGCGCAGAGCGCAAAGUGGCACCGAGAGAUCCUCGGCAUCCAAGACACAACUGCCAUAGAAGAGGUGUCAUCAUAUCUGAUACACUCGUUGGGCUCGCGAGAUCGUCUAGACUACGGCUCGGGCCAUGAGUUGAAUUUCAUGAUGUGGUUGCUCUGCCUGCGCCAGAUGCAGAUAUUCUCGACCGCGGACUUCGAGAUGGUCGUAUUCCGAGUGUACGUCAACUACAUGCAACUCAUGCGUGACGUCCAGUCCGCAUAUUAUUUGGAACCGGCUGGUUCUCAUGGUGUCUGGGGUCUUGAUGAUUACCAUUUCCUUCCCUUCUUGUUCGGCGCCGCCCAGCUCGUGGAACACCCCUACAUAACCCCGUUGGCAAUCCAUAACACUGCCAUCCUCGACGAAGAAGGAGACAAGUAUAUCUACCUGGAUCAAGUGCGGUGGGUGGAUAGCGUGAAGACGGUCAAAGGUCUACGUUGGCACAGCCCUAUGCUCGACGACAUCUCAGGGGCCAAGAACUGGAGCAAGAUUGAAGGCGGCAUGAAGAAGAUGUUUGUCAAAGAAGUUCUGGGGAAACUGCCCAUCAUGCAGCACUUUUUGUUUGGCAGCAUGAUACCCUCAGUACCAGGCAUGGGAGAGACGGACGACGUGGAGACGGACGGACACGAUCACACCAAUGGCAUUGACCACUCUCACACAAAGCACACGGACCAUUUUGGUGACUGCUGUGGAAUUAAAGUGCCGAGCACUGUAGCUGCGGGAGCUGAAGCGCGCAAACGAGGAACAGGCCUGCGGCCGAUCCCCUUUGAUUAGUAGUCUUGUAUGUACAUGACCUUACGACCUGGCGUUGGGAUAUAACUCCAAUAUAGAAUUAAUCAGUAAACACUGAAAUAAUGGAACAAAACCCCCGUACAUCUAAUGGAAGUAAGCCACUUCCCUCCCAAUA